AUGAACGCACAGCUGUCGAUGGAGAAUAUUGGCGACCUGCACGGAGUGAGCCAUGAGUCCGUGUCCGGUCACGGAGAGCUGCUUAGUGGCCACAGUCCACAUUCCCGUCCGAGCCCCAGGGGUUUAAGCCACCGUGCUAUGGGCAUGGCGACCCUGCUCGACACCGGAGACUAUCACCCCAGCCACUCUGGACACCUGCAUCCAGCCAUCAGCAUGUGUGAAGCCCCCCCUGGCAUGAGCGCGAGCAGCACUUACACUACCCUAACCCCUCUGCAGCCCUUACCCCCCAUCUCCACCGUGUCCGACAAGUUUCCUCCCCAUCAUCACCACCACCACCAUCCACAUCAUCCUCACCCGCACCCGCACCAGAGGAUCCCCGGAAAUGUCAGCGGCAGUUUCACGCUGAUGCGAGAGGACCGGAGUCUGGCGCCUAUGAACAGUCUGUAUCCCGCAUAUCAUCACAAGGAUCCGUGCAUGGGCCAGAGCCUCUCCCCGUUAUCCGGUUCCGGUCUGGCCAGCAUACACACGUCCCAGGCCGGCAUCCCCCCCUACGCUCAUCCUGGUGCUGCUAUGCCUGGUGAGAAGAUGCUCACCCCGAGCGGGUUCGAGGCUCACCAUCCGGCCAUGCUCAGCAGACAUGCGGAGCAGCACAUGAGCUCCUCAGCUGGCAUGGUACAAAUCAACGGCCUCCAUCACCAUCCACACGCCCACCUUGGCGCGCAGGGCCACGGCCAAGUGCUGGGGAACAGCCGGGAGCAGGCCUCCGGGCCCGGACAGCAAGGGGGCGGCGGUGGAGGGGGUGGUGUUUCUGGGGGACAGAUGGAGGAGGUGAAUACCAAAGAGGUGGCGCAGAGGAUCACCACAGAGCUGAAGCGCUACAGCAUCCCUCAGGCCAUCUUUGCCCAGCGGGUCCUGUGCAGGUCCCAAGGGACCCUGUCCGACUUGCUGCGAAACCCCAAACCGUGGUCCAAGCUUAAGUCCGGCAGAGAGACCUUCCGCCGCAUGUGGAAAUGGCUGCAGGAGCCUGAGUUCCAACGCAUGAGUGCGCUCAGGCUCGCAGGUGAGCGAAGCCUCGCAUGUAAGCGUAAGGAACAGGACCACGGCAGAAGCGAGCGGGGAAAUGUGACCAAGAAGCCCCGGCUUGUGUUCACAGAUGUGCAGCGGCGGACACUCCAUGCCAUCUUCAAAGAGAACAAGCGUCCAUCCAAAGAGCUGCAACUCACCAUUGCUCAGCAGCUGGGCCUCGAGCUGGCUACAGUCAGCAACUUCUUUAUGAACGCACGCCGCCGGAGCCUAGAUAAGUGGGUGGAUGACGGCUCUGGUCACUCAGCCAACUCUGGCCCCAACGCCUGCACCAAAGCCUGA